UUUUCAACCAAAACGUCUCAAAAUUUCAGCCGAACAUGCUUCUAGCUUUGCUAAUUUCAACCCUGCUUGCCCAAGUUGAGGCUAACCCGGCUCACCGAGCCCAUGCAGUUGGGCUCGAGGAGGUUAUCCUGGAAGUUCAGGAUGCCAUCCGAAGCGUUGUCAAUCAUAGAUCCACAUUCCUGCAGGAUGAGAUGAAGAAGACGUGUCUGGGAAAGGAUUUCAUGAUGAUGAAGGUCAAUAUUGUGGAGGGGCUCAAACAUAAUGAGACCAUCUACGAGAAUUACGCUCAUUGGGGAGAUAAUUGUGUCUUCCAUGUCUACGACGCUGGCGUUGUCUCCCUCCAGAAAUGGUGUCUAGAGGACCCGGCUCGCCAUUUGAUCUACGAGCAAAAUCAGACCGAGAGAAGAUUGGAUGGAACUCAGAUGAUUAUCGACACCAAGUGCCAUCUCUUCGGGGAUGAUCCUGACGACUUCUUCCAAAACCUCUCGGAGAACUUCAUCAAGAUCUUCAUUAUUGUGGCGUCGGUCUCAAUUAUUUUGAUCAUCGUCAACUGGAUCUUCCGUCGUGACGUCGUCGUCGUGGUGAACAACGUUGCCGAGAAAGCCAAGCUCGUGGAGGAGAAGAUCGAAAGCGCCGUCGAGCAGCACCACGAGUGGAAGCAAAAGGACCUUGACGACUCCAACGAUAAGGCUCUGCUUCUGGAAAAUCAGGAGCAGAACGAGUCCGCCUGACUAGAGGAGAAGCUCAAGUCACUUGGAUUUCUUUGAGUAAAUUUUUCACCUUUUUUCACCCGAAAAAUUUCAAAAUUUCAUCUUCCAAAAACUCGAAGAAUUCCGCUUAAAGUGACUUGAGCUUCAUAUUGUGUGGUUGUUCACGCAAAUUCAAUAAAGUUUUUUACAAUGUUAUACAAAAUUAA